AUGCCGAGCAGACAGCAGCAGUGUGUGUUCUCUGUGUGCGGGCUGCUGGCUCUCCUGUGCGCCCUCUCUGCGGCGGUGAGCACCGGGCUGCCGCUGUGGAUCAGCGGGUCUGUGCUGUGCCGGACCGGGGCCGAGCUGGUGAACGCAACGGGACCAGAACUUGACAAGUUCCUGGGAGAGCUGAACUACGGCCUGUUCCACGGGCAGAGGGUGAAGCAGUGCGCUGGGGGCCGGCCGUCCCGGUUCUCCUUCUUCCCAGACCUGCUGACCGCCAUCCCAGUUGUCCUCCACGUGUCCGUCAUCUUCUUCUGUGGUGUCGUCAUCCUCUUCUCCUCCGUGGUCACCGGCUUCUUCUUCUUCAACGCCUUCGGUCGACCCUACGAGACGCUGCAAGGCCCCAUGGGACUUUACCUGUGGACCUUCAUCUGCUGGCUGUGCAGCUGUCUGGUGAUGAUUCUGUUUGCGUCGGAGGUGAACCUUCAUCAUCUGUCCAAUCGGAUCGCCAACUUCAACGAGGAGAACUUCGUUUUUCAGACGUACACCGAACGCUACGACCGCUCCUUCUGGCUCUUCUUCCUCGUCUUCCUCCUCCACGGACUCAACUUCCUGUUGAUCCGACUGGCGGGAAUCCAGUUCCCCUUCCAGGAGAGCAAAGAGUCGGACCUUAGCGGGGGGGCGGCUGACCUCAUGUACUGAGACGGAAGCCUGUAAAGGACCAAAGACUUAUGAUUAAAGGGUGACUGUACAUAAUCCAUUAAUCUCCAUCAAUCAAUUAAUGUCUUUAGUUUAGUCCCAAAAGAAAACAGAUCCGUCGAUCAAUAAGUCAGUCAAUCAUUUACUGGUGAUCGAUCGAUCACUUUGAACUGAUGGACGAUGACUUUGACUCUUGAUGAAGGUAGAAGCCAUUUCAUUGAGAAUGAGAGUCACGUGGUUCAGGACGGACGCUAAUGUUAGCUAACUACAUUAAUAAUCACACUAAUGUUAGCUAACUACAUUAAUAAUCACACUAAUGUUAGCUAACUACAUUAAUAAUCACACUAAUGUUAGCUAACUACAUUAAUAAUCACACUAACGUGAGCUAACUACAUUAAUAAUCACACUAAUGUUAGCUAACUACAUUAAUAAUCACACUAAUGUUAGCUAACUACAUUAAUAAUCACACUAAUGUUAGCUAACUACAUUAAUAAUCACACUAAUGUUAGCUAACUACAUUUAUAAUCACACUAACGUGAGCUAACUACAUUUAUAAUCACACUAAUGUUAGCUAACUACAUUUAUAAUCACACUAAUGUUAGCUAACUACAUUUAUAAUCACACUAACGUGAGCUAACUAAAUUGGCUACAUAAGAGAUUGAGCAUUUCAUCAGGACACAAGGACAUGAGGACACAAGGACACGAGGACAUGAGAACAUGAGAACAUGGGGACACAAGGACAUGAGGACACGAGGACUUGAACGGGUUCAGGUCUUGAACUAUCGGCUGCUCUCUGAAGUCAAUAAGAAAGUUGUGACUGUUUCAAUGAGAAAACAAUGUUGUGUACUUUGUAUUUAAUAGGUUUUGUAUAUUGUAGUGUUUAAGUACUCUGUGUAAUUCUUUAUGUCAUCUUAUGUUUUCAGAAACUAGCUGAUGAUAAAACAU